ACGAAAUUACAUCAUAUCGUCUGCUCUUGCAGAAGACACGCUCAACUUUUCGGCGUUUGAUUUGUCGAUCACGUAAUCAAUCAAUUUUGAAUAUCUGAGUUGUAAUUUUUAAAAGAAUCUUUGAAGUAUUUUAUUAGCUUCUAGAGCUAUCUGAGAAUGGGUAAUACUGCCUCAAUCGCUCAAACCACUGCAGAUUCGAUAACCAAACCAUUGUAUGGUGAUCUGCACCAUGAACCAUCGAAAACACAAGCUUACACACAUCACAGUUCUUCCUACAGUCAUCAUAUGAACAAUGGAAAUUCAUUUCCUGCUGAAUGCCCCAUGCACGCUCAAGUAGAGAAAAAACCACCAGCACCUGUGGAAUACCCAAGUGAAUGUCCAAUGAGCCAUGACCAGAAAUUGGAAACCAAAGUUCCAGUCCAAACUAUGGAGUACCCAAGUGAAUGUCCAAUGAGCGGAGAGAAUGGUUCACUGCUUCUAAAUACAUCGAAUGAUGUAGACCCACUGAACAUGAUGCCGCCGCCGAAUCAAAGGCCUGCUCCUGAUCAGCCAUUCAGUUUGCCGACCCAGCGGCAAGUAUCAUCCAUACCGAAAGCAGGAACUGAAAAAGAAUUCUGGCAAUAUCCUUCUCAGCAGAUGUUUUGGAAUGCCAUGUUGCGGAAAGGCUGGAGAUGGAAGGAAGAGGAACUAGAACCUAAAGAUAUGGACGAUAUAAUCAAGAUUCACAAUUCAAAUAACGAGCAAGCCUGGAUAGAAGUUUUGAAAUGGGAGGCUCUGCAUGCACAAGAAUGCGGCGAUCCUAGAUUAAAAAGUUUCGGAGGGAAAGCCAAAGAUUAUUCUCCACGAGCGAGGAUCAGGCAAAUGAUGGGUUACGAAUUGCCGUUUGAUCGCCAUGAUUGGAUUAUUGAUCGCUGCGGUAAGGAGGUCCGCUAUGUCAUCGAUUACUAUGACGGUGGCAAAGUACACGAAGAUUAUAAAUUCGCUCUGCUGGACGUGCGACCAGCCAUGGAUUCGUGGGAAAACUGCUGGGAUCGUAUGAAGGUGACGUGGUGGAGAUGGAGAUAUAGUCGUGAAGAAACAACCCCCGUUUUCGAACAAAAGGCCGAGAAAGAAGAGCCAGUAAAGAGUGACGCAUAGUUCAAGUCUUUUUUGUCUUAAAUCUCAGUCUGUAGUAUCUUUAAAUUGUGUCAAGUCAACGAAAACUACUGAAAUACAAGUUUCCGUA